UUACCCAAUAAUACUUGAAACUGUUCUAUAAUGGAGUUCAGGAGGAGACGUUAGGUUUACUUAACAAAAAACUGCUGUAUUUUUGACUGAACCACAGGGCAGGCGCCACAGAGAGGAUGUCUCAGGCACUGAGGCUUCUCUCGGCGGCCGCUCUGCCUUUCUGCCGGACUGGAGGAGCCAGGUCUCGCUUCUCGGCGAUAUCAACAGCACAGCUCUUUACUGGAUACCCGAUCUCCGCUGCCCGGAACAUCAGCCGAACUCCUGCUAACUUCCUGUCCUGUCGCAGAUUUCUGUUAUCUCAGCGGCAUCUCUACUCCACUGAGCCCAAAGAUGAAAAAGGAGGAUCAGCAAAUGGAGGAGAAUCAGCGAAAGGAGGAGGAUCAGCAAAUGGAGGAGGAUCAGCGAAUGGAGGAGGAGGAAAACCAGGCGGAGGAAAGAAAGGAGGAGGAGGAGGAAAAGACUGGUGGAGUCGAAUGCAAAAGGGUGAUUUUCCUUGGGAUGAGAACGACUUCCGCUUCAUGGUGAUCACUGUGGCUGGGGUGACUUCAGCUCUGCUUUACUUCUACUUCAGAGACACCGGCAAAGAGAUCAGCUGGAAGGAUUUUGUCAAUCGCUUCCUGGGCAGAGGCGUGGUUGAUCGGCUGGAAGUUAUCAACAAACAGUACGUCAGGGUCAUCCUGAUGCCAGGAGCUGAUGCUGAAUUGAGUUACGUCUGGUUCAACAUUGGCAGCGUCGACACGUUCGAGAGAAACCUCGAGGCGGCACAUAUGGAGCUCGGUCUGGAGCCGUCGAACCGACCCGCUGUGGUCUACACCUCUGAGAGCGACGGCACUUUUCUGAUGAGCAUGAUCCCCACGCUGCUGGUGAUAAGCUUCCUGCUUUUCACGCUGAGGCGAGGACCAUUGGGAGGAGGCGCCGGCGGUGGAAGGAGCCCUUUUAGCAUAGGCGAGUCGACAGCCAAGAUGAAGAAGGACAGCACUGAGGUGAAGUUUAAGGAUGUGGCCGGCUGUGAGGAGGCCAAGCUGGAGAUCCUGGAGUUUGUUAACUUCCUGAAGAACCCACAGCAGUACCAAGACCUCGGAGCCAAGAUCCCCAAGGGUGCUGUGCUGUCCGGACCUCCUGGGACAGGAAAGACUCUGCUGGCCAAAGCCACAGCUGGAGAGGCCAACGUCCCCUUCAUCACUGUCAAUGGCUCCGAGUUCCUGGAGAUGUUUGUGGGCGUUGGUCCAGCUCGGGUGAGGGACAUGUUCGCCAUGGCGAGGAAGAAUUCCCCCUGCAUCCUCUUCAUUGAUGAGAUCGAUGCUGUGGGGAGGAAGAGAGGGGGAGGAAACUUUGGGGGUCAGAGUGAACAGGAGAACACCCUGAACCAGCUGCUGGUGGAGAUGGACGGUUUUAACACUUCGACUAAUGUGGUGGUCCUGGCUGGAACAAACAGACCUGAUAUCCUGGAUCCUGCCCUGAUGAGACCAGGACGAUUUGACAGACAGAUUUACAUAGGUCCUCCAGACAUCAAGGGCAGGGCAUCCAUCUUUAAAGUCCACCUGCGACCUAUCAAAGUGGACCCCAAUAUUGACAAAGACACUCUUGCCAGGAAAAUGGCUGCAGCCACACCAGGAUUCACUGGAGCUGACAUUGCUAAUGUCUGCAACGAGGCUGCUCUGAUCGCUGCUAGGCACUUGCACCCAUCUGUCAACGGAAAACACUUUGAACAGGCCAUUGAUCGGGUCAUCGGAGGUCUGGAGAAGAAGACUCAAGUCCUGCAGCCUACAGAGAAGAAGACUGUAGCGUAUCAUGAGGCUGGUCACGCCAUCGUCGGCUGGUUCCUGCAGCACGCUGACCCCCUGCUCAAGGUGUCUAUCAUUCCACGGGGCAAAGGUCUGGGCUAUGCUCAGUACCUGCCCAGAGAGCAGUACCUGUACAGCAAAGAGCAGCUGUUUGACAGGAUGUGUAUGAUGCUCGGAGGCCGAGUGGCAGAGCAGGUCUUCUUCGACCGCAUCACCACCGGAGCUCAGGACGACCUGAAGAAAGUUACACAAUCCGCCUACGCUCAGGUGGUGCAGUUUGGGAUGAGCGAGAAGGUGGGGCAGGUGUCGUUUGACCUUCCACGGCAGGGUGAGUUGGUCAUGGAGAAGCCGUACAGCGAGGCCACGGCAGAGCUCAUAGACCAGGAAGUCAGGGAGCUGGUAGACCGAGCGUACGAGCACACCCUGCAGCUCGUCAAGGACAAAAAGGACCUAGUGGAGAUGGUGGGGACCCGUCUGCUAGAAAAGGAGGUGCUGGACAAAGCGGACAUGUUGGAGCUGCUGGGCCCACGGCCUUUUGAGGAGAAGUCAACAUACGAGGAGUUUGUGGAGGGGACUGGCAGCUUCGAAGAGGACACCAGCCUGCCAGCUGGCCUUAAAGACUGGAACCAGGAGCGGGAAGGGGAGGCCGAAGGGACUAGCUCCACUCAGGAAAAACAGCAGGCCGUGUAAAGCUCAAGUUUAAGAAAAGCAAAAUGCAUCCCAGCUGUAUAAACCCUCUCUCUGCUAGCUCGGUUUUACAGAGUUUUUUGAGGGGGGUGGAAAAAAAAAAAAAAAACAUUCAGCAGUUUAGUACUUUCCUGUCAUCAAUUUCUAGGAACAUUUAGAAGCAGGACUUAUUCAUUCAAGGACACAACUGAAGUCAUUUCUUACCAAAAUCACUCAGUGGGUGCUCUUUUCAGAAAUCUUCCUUCUGAGAACCUUCAGGCUCUGUACACAGUCUGCUUGAAGUGAUCCAGAGAGGCAUUACUGAGGCUGCAAUCUGUUUUUUUUUUUUUUUUUUAAAGCAGUUUCCUCCAGAAUGCCUUAAGACUCAUCCAACAGGAGACCAACACACAGUAGAUUUCAAUAUUUUUGAGUGGAGUGUGCAUGAUGCACAUUGAAACUGUCUGAACAUACGGACUUUAUUUAUUUUUUAAAAAGGGAGAUGUGCUCUCAGACUGAUGUGUGCCUACCUGAUAACAAGGACGAAAAUGUAAAGAUUUUUUCUGCUGCCAGACUAAAAACAUUUUUACAGGUUUAAA